UACCAUUUGUAAAUUAAAAAGGAGAAUCACUCGUCCUUGAGCAAAUCCAAAAUAAGAAAAUACAUGUCUAGAACUCGAAGAUUUUCGAACUAACGUGGGCUCAAGAACGCCAAGAAUUACUCAUAAUUGUAAUUCAAAGUCCGAGAAUCACUCGUAAUUGUACUCCAAACUCCAAGUGGCGUUGAAUUUGUUUAUAUCCUUGUUGACAAAGGAAUCUUAACUGCCUUUUGAAGCUCCACAUUCCUCCUUCCCCACUCAAUUCCACCAAUUCUCAACAAACCCCUUUCUCCAUCAGUCAGUUUUCUUCUUAAUUUUCUUCGAGCAAUCUUGCAUAAUUUGGCGGUCACAAUGGAGCAGGAGAAGACGAUUUCGACCGAGUUGCAACUCAACGAAUUAAAAAAACAAAGCUUCCGGCGGACACUCGACCAACUUCACGAUCGCGCUUCUUCAAUUCUCUCACUUACUCUUCAAUGGAAACACAUCGAGGAUCAAUUUGAUUCCACUCACAACUCUAUUGACGUGCGCGUUGAAGAGCUCCAUUCAAUCCAUAAAGCAAUCGAGCAAAAAUUAGACGAAGUGAAGAAAAGAGAGAAAGAUUUGGAAUUAGUUCAAGAAGCAGUGAAACUUAGGUUUAGCGAGGUUGAGGAAAGGGAAAAGGAGUUUGCGUUGAUUCAAAAGAAAGAGCUUCACGACAGGAAGAGAGAGAUUGAGUGGAUUGAAAAAUCAGGAAAAGAACUUGAUUCUGUUAGAGUGGAAAUAGAAGACAAAUUGAGAGCUGUUGAUGAGGUAGACAAUAGGCUUACGCUGUUCAAUCAUUGUAUUGAAGAGAAAGCUGAUCAAGUUAGAUUGUCAGUGAGUAAAUUGAAGUUGAAAGAGAAAGAGCUUGCAUUCAAGGAUGAGAAUCUUAAAGAGAAAGAAAAGAAACUUGAAGAACACUGUAAGGUAUUUAGGUUAAAAGAUGAGGAAAUUCAUAAGAAAUUCAAGGAGGUUGAACUUAAGGAGAAGCAGCUUGAACAAAGGUAUAGAGAAUUUGAAGAACUGAAAGAGAAACAGAAACCAUCUAAUAAUAAUACUUGUGUCAAGAUUGAGCCACAAAUUACUACUCCAAGUGAUGCUAGUCUUUAUUUUACUGUGAAUAUGGAUGGAAAAGCAUUGCAGAUCUUUUUAAAUGAGCGUGAAUAUAGUGAUUCAAUUAGGGAUGAAGUAUUUAUUGCUUUAGGAUUCUCGUCAGAUCCUGCAAAGUUUGUUUUGGAUGCAAUGCAGGGGUUUUAUCCUCCCCAUUUGAGAAAGGGAGAUAUGGAGUUCAAAGCAGAGGUUGUUAGGAGGAGUUGCAUUCUUUUGUUAGAACAAUUGAUGAAAAUAUCACCAGAAAUUAGUCCUCUUGUGAGAAAUGAAGCAAUUAAACUUUCUUUCAGUUGGAUGACAAAAAUGAAGAUAGAUGCUGAGCAUCCUCUUGAGGUCUUGGGAUUUUUGCAGCUGUUAGCUUCUUAUGGGUUGGCCUCUACUUUUGAUGCUGAUGAACUCUUAACUCAAUUGGAGGUUGUUGUACAACAUAGCCUUGCUCCUGGAUUAUUCCAUGCCCUGGGUUUUGCAGAUAAGAUAUCUGGUAUUAUUCAAAAUCUUAUUAAAAAGAAGCAGCACAUUGAAGCCAUUAGAGUUAUUUAUGGGUUCGAGCUGGUCAAUGAGUACCCACCUGUACCUUUGUUGAAAGAUUACUUGCAUUGCUCAAAGAAUGCUGCCAAAAGAAUGAGAAAGGCAGACAACUCAAUUAAAGGACAGAUUGAGGCCACAAACAAAAGAGUAGCAGAUCUGAAGUGUGCAUUAAGCUGCAUUCAAGACUACAAGAUUGAAUAUGGUCCCUCACUUGGGGACCUUAAGAAGCUGAUAGUUAAUUUGGAGAAAGAGAACUCAACUAGGAAAUCAAAGUUGGCAGUCAAUGAAUUUAAUAAGUGUCACAGUUUAAGAAGAAAAGAAUGUAAGUCUAGAAAACGAAAGCCAGUUACAAAUAAGAAGAGAAAUUUGGCCCUUCCAGUUGCUGCCCCUGUCCUCGCCCUCAAAUCUGCGUCCACCACAAGCAGUAAUCAUACCUGCAUUCCAACAACUGCCUCAACUUCUGUGCCUGCCACAAAGAUUCAUUCUCAACAAUUGAGUGGAAUUAAACGUCCUUGGACAGAUGGGUCAGACGAAGAUGGUCUAAAUGCUUCCCCUGGUGAUGAUCAAGCAACCUGCGUUGAUCCUUUACAUGUAAAGUUGGUGCAUUCUUCGCCUGGAGAUUUGGCAUUGGAAAGCGAAAAUAAGCAUCCUAGGCUUCAUAUUUCACCAGAGGAUACGGAAACGUAUCCGAAACCAUUUGUCAUUGCCACAUCUGCAGGUCACACAACGCAACCCCUUCAACAGCAUCCUCCAGGUUCCUUUAUGAAUCGAGGAGUUCCUUGCGUGCAUGGACCACCCAAACACUAUAAUUUGGCAGGCUACCCUCCUCAAAACAUUCAGUUAGAGACGAUUUCCUCUAAGUUGAAACUCAGCGAGUUAAGUAGACAAAACUUUCGCCAAACAAUCAAUCAGCUUCAUGAUCGCGCUUCUUCUAUUCUCUUGCUCACUGUUCAAUAUAAGGAAAUAGAGGGUCACUUUAAUUCUACUCAGAGUAGCAUCGAAGAACGUGCCAAAGAGCUCCGUUCAAUCGACGAGUCAGUUGGACAAAAUUUGGAAGAAGUUAAAAAGAGAGAGGAAAAUUUGGAGUUAGUUAAAGAAUCUGUAAAUGUUACAUUUAGAGAGAUUGAGGAGAGAGAAAAGGAGCUGGAGUUGAUUCAAAAGAAAGAGAUUCAAGAAAGGAAGAGAGAGAUUGAUUGGAUUGAGAAGAAAGGUGAGGAGGUUAGUGAAAGAUUGAAAGAGAUUGAUGCAAAAGAGAAACUAUGCCAACGGAUUUUAAAUGAAUUGGAAGAGAAAGAGAAGCGAAUCGAAUUAGAGGAAAGGAAGUUAAUGGAAAGAAUCAAAGAAUUUGAUGAAAAUAAAUUAAAAGAAAAACGGUCUGUUGAUAAUCAGUUCGCUCGUGCAGAUCGUAGAAUCAGUCAUGAGGAAUGGAGUGUUAUGGCUCUGGGACUCUCAUCAGACCCUGCAAAGCUUGUUUUAGAUGCAAUGCAAGGGUUUUAUCCUCCCCGUUUUAAAAACGGAGAUUUGGAGUUUGAAGAGGUGGUUGUUAGAAGGAGUUGCCUUUUCUUAUUAGAGAUAUUGAUGGAAACAAGGCCUGAAAUUUUGCCUGAUGUGAAAACCGAAGCAAUGAGACUUUCUUUAGAUUGGAUGAGACAAAUGAAAAGAGAUUCCAAACAUUCUCUAGAGGUCUUGGGAUGUUUGCAGCUUUUGGCUUCUUAUAAGUUGGCCACUGUUUUUGAUACUGAUAAGCUCUUAACUUAUUUGGAGAUUGUUGCACAUCAUAACCAGGCUCCUGAAUUGUUGCGCGCCCUGGACUUGACAGAUAAGAUAUCUAGUUUUUUGAAAAAUCUAAUCACGAAGAACAAGUACACUGAGGCCAUUAGAUUCAUUUAUGCCUUUGAGCUGGUUAAUGAGUUUCCACCUGUACCUUUAUUGAAAGAAUUUGUGAAGGAUAUCCCAACUGCUAUUCAUAAAAGUAGAAUGAGAGACAAAUCAGUUGAAGAACGGAUUGAGGCCACCAGAAAAUUAAUAGAUAAUGUGGCUGCACUUAGAUGUAUUGAAGAUUACAGUAUUGAAUCUGAACAGUCAACUAAGUGCCUUAAGCAACACUUACGAUGUCUAGAAGAUGCAAAUAAAAAUAGGAAGGCAACUUUGCCAGCCCCUAGAUGCAAGUCUCAACCACCAUGUCAAGAGAAGAAAAGUUUUACCUCCAACUCCAAGGCGGCUGCUUCUGCUGCUGCUGUCUGUGGUCUAGCGCUCAAAUCUAAGUUCAUUGGAAACGCUGCUUUUAUCUCUCCAACAACAAUUUCCCUUGCCCCCUUCCUAUCACAAAAGCAGAGACAAAAGAAGCGUCCUUGGUCUGCUGUCUCAGCAGAAGUAAUCAAAAUGCUUUUGUUAGUUCUGCUUCUGUGGUUAACUUACAUCAAAAUCCCUCCCAGCAGCCAUACAUUAUUAGCAAAGUUGAACUCAGUAUUGGUUCUAAUUUUUGGUAUUUACUUGACUUGCUACAUUGGUCCUUCAUUUGCAAAGGAGGGAAAUAUUAGGCUAUUGUUUUUCCUUGUGGCUCUUCUGGGUGUAGUAUGUGGAACUGACAAUUCAAUGUUGUUAAUAGAAUUUAUUCAAGGGCUUAUUGGAAUAUGCUUGCAGAUUGGUUGCAUAGCCAAUGAGAGAGAUGGAUUGAGAGCAGGAAUCAAUUGUAUUGCAACUUACUGUGUUGAAAAUGAAUUCUUGCCCAAGAAACUUAAAGAACGUGUUGCACAAUUGGAAAAAGAGAUGGUAGAGGAAAAACUAGAGUUUGAACGCACUAAGACCAAACUUGGACCUUUAACAAGAUCAAGAAAGAAAUUGUCACAACAGCACGAGAAGAAGAAAGACGUCAGUUGCAGCUCCAUUGCUACUUCUGCUGCUGUCCCUAUCAAAAUCAUAUCCCCCUCUCCAUAUACUUCCCCUGAUACUCUACAUACAAACAUCUCCAUCCUCAGUCACUGCCUCAACUGCAGCAUGUAUGACUCACACCACCCUGUCAGCAACUGAUGCCUCUGUGAUUCCCAUCACAAUUACCUUUCCCUCCUCCCCACCUCCAACCACAGUCAGCGCUACUGCCCCAACUACCAAAGAAGUGUCCUCUUCAGUUGCUGCCUCUACUGCUGCUCCUAUCACAGUCACCACCCUCUCCCCUAAGAGGGCAACACAUCCAGCUACUGCCCCUAAGAUUAAAAAACCAAAGCAUGAAACGGAGAAACAAAAGCGAAUGCUCAACAAGCGACCUGGGAGAGUUGUGUCAUCAGGGAAGCCUCUGAACUCCUCGUUUAGUGUGGCUUAUCAUCCUCAGCCAGCGGGUCAGUCUAUGUAUUAUGGUGCACCGCGGAACUCAAAAGCCGGAUAUCAUAGUUUGGCUGAUCACAGCCCUUCAAACUCGCACUUCAACCCGUACGACAAUCGAGUAAAUUCUUAUUACCAUUUGACGCCUCCGAAUUCUGGUUAUUGUAGGCCUGUGCCCUCUUGGAAGCCUUGAGAGACUGCCUUCUGGUCACUGUGAUUUGUGAAUGAUGACUUGACAAACCGAUGAGAGCCUGGCAGAGCUGAAAGCAGGUUUUAAGGAGCUUGAAACCCGAGAACCAAAGGAAUUUGAUUCGAGUUGGAAAUUGAUUGUGAAAAAAUACAUGAGUUGAUCAAUAAUCUAAUAAUAGUAAGCAGUAGGUAAUAUGAUUAUGAAUCCUCCAGUAAGAAAGAUGCGAUGAGCCAACUAUUUCAGAGCAACCCAUGAUUCCAUUCAGCAAAUAUUCAUUAGCUGUCGGACAUCACAUAUGCUAAUGGCUACUAUCCGCUAUAAUCGACUGUAUUGCUCUUUACUUUCUUUCCUUUUGUUUUGGUGGUAAGCCAUCAUGAUUGGCUAUUGCAUAUAUGUCGCAUCUUUCUUGACUGUACCAUGUCAGGUAAAAGACACAAACAUCUUGGCACCUGUCACAAUAAGAUAUUUAUUUCAUAUUA